CAAAAAUGAUUUUUAUGGGUAUUUGAUCCGUUUUUUUUCUCGUCGAAACCGUUUUUUUGUAUUUGUUUUUUGUGAUUUUUGUUUGUUUUGUUCUUGAAAAUCGGUGUUGCUAUCCGAAAAGAAAAUCUGAUAUUUCAGUAAAAAAAAAAUGAUGCUCCUUUUCCUUAUGACUUUGUGCCUGACCAGCACAUUAGGCUAUGCCGAUGUUAAAGAUGCCAGUGGACCAUCAUCAAGUGCAAUGCCAUUGAUAACAACAUCAACAGAAAUGUUAUCACAACCAAUGUCCAGUGUCCAGCCAGUAUCCGAAUCAUUAACAGCAUCAGCAAUCAGUUGUUAUGUUUGUAAUUCAAAAAAUGAUUCAGCAUGUUUUGAUGAGAAAACAUUACGAAAAGAUCAUAUCCAUGAAUGUCAUCCGAUUAAUGGUCAACAAAGUAUUGGUUGUUGGCGUUUAGAACAAUGGGUUAUCUAUGAUCAAAAUGCGGAAUUGAAAGCUCAUGAUCGAAUUAUUCGUGCCUGUGCAUAUAAAAAACAAGAUCAUAAUUGUAUCUAUCGUAGCGGUUUUGGUGGUAUGAUUUCACAUUGUCUUUGUAAUAGUACUGCAUGUAAUUCAGCAAUGACAAUGUCAUCAAUUACACCGGUCAGCUAUUUCUUUACAUUAUUAUCAACAUUGUUAUGUUUUGUAACUAUCAAAUCUUUCUUUUAAUUAAUUAAUUGAUUGAUUGAUUUGUUUGAGAAAGAAAAAAAAAAUAAACCUGAAAGAUGAUUGAUUUACCGCUGUUUGUUUGUUUGUUGUUUGAAAAUUACAAAAAUAUAAUUACAAUUUUUCACAUCCCCUUUCCCCCCUGCUUAGUGUAUACAAAAAAAAACAAAGAAUCUGUUAAUUGAAAUAAAUUUUAUUUAUUCUCAA